UCGAGCGCGGCGGCGGGCGCGGGCGGCGGCGCGCUGACGGCGGGCGCGGGCGCGGGCAGCGGGCGGGGGAAGAUGGCGGAGCUCGGUAAGAAGUACUGCGUGUACUGCCUGGCCGAGGUGAGCCCGCUGCGCUUCCGCUGCACCGAGUGCCAGGACAUCGAGCUGUGCCCCGAGUGCUUCUCGGCCGGCGCCGAGAUCGGCCACCACCGGCGCUAUCACGGCUACCAGCUGGUGGACGGCGGGCGCUUCACGCUGUGGGGGCCCGAGGCCGAGGGCGGCUGGACCAGCCGCGAGGAGCAGCUGCUGCUGGAUGCCAUCGAGCAGUUCGGCUUCGGAAACUGGGAGGACAUGGCCGCGCACGUGGGAGCUUCCCGCACGCCGCAGGAGGUGAUGGAGCAUUACGUAAGCAUGUACAUCCACGGCAACUUGGGGAGAGCCUGCAUCCCCGACACCAUCCCCAACCGGGUGACCGACCACACGUGCCCCGGCGGAGGGCCCCUGUCCCCCAGCCUCACCACCCCCUUGCCUCCCCUAGACAUCUCGGUGGCUGAGCAGCAGCAGCUGGGCUACAUGCCGCUGCGUGACGACUACGAGAUCGAGUACGACCAGGAUGCCGAGACGCUCAUCAGCGGGCUCUCGGUCAACUACGACGAUGAGGACGUGGAGAUCGAGCUCAAGCGCGCGCACGUGGACAUGUACGUGCGCAAGCUGCGGGAGAGGCAGCGGCGCAAGAACAUCGCGCGUGACUACAACCUAGUGCCUGCCUUCCUGGGCAAGGACAAGAAGGACAAGGAGCGGCCGGCCAAGCGCAAGGUCACAAAGGAGGAGAAGGAGCUGCGGCUCAAGCUGCGCCCGCUCUACCAGUUCAUGUCAUGCAAGGAGUUUGACGACCUGUUCGAGGGCAUGCACAAGGAGAAGAUGCUGCGCGCCAAGAUCCGCGAGCUGCAGCGUUACCGGCGCAACGGCAUCACCAAGCUGGAGGAGUCGGCCGAGUAUGAGGCGGCGCGCCACAAGCGUGAGAAGAGGAAGGAGAACAAGAGUGCGGCCGGAGCCCGGCGGGGCAAGGAGGACGGCAGGGACGGCGAGUUCGCGGCCAUCGAGCACCUGCCGGGCUUUGAGCUGCUGUCGGACCGCGAGAAGGUGCUCUGCAGCUCCUUGAACCUGAGCCCAGCGCGCUACGUGACCGUGAAGACCAUCAUCAUCAAGGACCACCUCCAGAAGCGGCAGGGCAUACCUUCCAAAAGCCGCCUUCCGAGCUACUUGGACAAAGUCCUAAAGAAAAGGAUUUUAAACUUCCUCACGGAGAGCGGGUGGAUAUCCAGGGAGGCCUCCUGAAAGCCCGUGGCUCUGCGGGGAGCCUAGAGGACUGGGGGUGUGGGAGGGGGAGGAGGUGCUCUUUUUUAAGCAGAUUGAGUUCCUUUCUUUUAGGCUAUAAAUUCUGCUCAUGGUCCUCUGAAAGAAGCAAUAGUAACGAUUUUAUGCCGGAUCAUGGGGGAAGCCGACACAUGUAUAUUUUAACUUAGUCCUAAAGUCACACCUCCAGAUGACGAUUUGCCUUUCCAUGUUCAGUUUGGGGAAUAUUAUGAGAUUGGGUCAUUUCCUUUUGUGUCUUCCCUUUGGUACGCAACUCUUGGGCUGUAGGGGAAAGGAGCAGCUUUCUGCUGGGCCCGCCAGCCACCAGCUUGGCCCUGUGAUGUGACCUCUAGCUGGCUGCCGGGGACGCCCUUGGGGGGCCCACUGCCAACCCCGCGGACACCCCAGCACAGCCCCAGCACGCGGCACUUUACAUGGGGGCCAGGGUGGGGCAGGUGGGAAGUGAGGCUGGAGAACCACAUGAAGUUUCCUUGGGAGCUUUAGAGGAAGAGUAGGUGGAACACAAUGUCCAAAGGAGCUUCCCCUUGACCCCUGCAGCCAGAGUCGCGCUUGUGAUGCCAGAGCCUGGAAACGCCCCUGGCCUCUUUGGGGGGUAGCAGAGCGGCGGAGCCUGUGGGUUCACCUCAGGGCCAGCACAGGAUCCCCCCCAACAGACUCCCUGGUGUGUGGGGAGGGGUGCUCUGGAGGAGCUGGGAGGACUAGUGUGGGUGCCAGAACUCUGAGCCAGCCUUUGGGGUGCUGCUCCUUGCUCUUGUACUUGCAGUACUAAGCACCCCAUUUACUUGGAAGAACUCAUAGUGGAGGGCUCUUGAGUUCUGCAGUCCAUUUCCUCCAGAAUUCUCAUGGUGGUUGCAAUAACCUUUUUCACAGAAACUCCGAUCUUAACCGUGCUAGCCAGGCUAAGUGUCCUACUGCAGGUGGCCCCCAGCACUCUGCAGACUGGCCACGCUGGACAGGGCUGCACCCACAGCAGGCUCUGCAUGAGCAGGCGAGGCCCCACGGGGCUUCUCUGGGUCCUGCUCUUGAACCGCCCAGCUUCUGCCUACCCCUGCUCUCUCCUCAGGGGCCCCGCUUCUUUAGAUGGACACAGUGCCUUCCUUCCGGGAACUUAAGUCUGUCAUCUGUCUUCCUGCUGCUCAGUGCUGCUUCUCCUGGCCACGGCCCCGCUCUAGGGCCAGGGUGACUGCAGACCCCAGCGCUCUUGUUCUUCCUGGCGCUCAUCCUGCCUCUCUUGCCCCCAUAGCUCCCAAGAGACUGUUGACCUCCCACAAUGUUCAGGCUUGCAGUUACAUUAAAGUGAAGUUAUUUGAAAGACAAAAGAAAAAAAGACCCUCAUCAUUUCCAAGGACUUAAUUACGGUGCCUUUUCCUUUCUUUUUACAUCCUUCUGUCCCCCAGGGUAAAUUUUUCAGCAUUAAAUAAAACAUUUAAAAUAUA